AUGGCUAUCGCUGGCGCCCAACGAAAACAGGUCCUCAAAGUAUUGAUGAUCUCACUUCUACUGGACCUCAUCUCCUUCACAUUCAUCCUCCCCUUAUUCCCCUCCCUCCUCGCCUUCUACCGCGCCCAAGACCCAUCCUCAACCUCCCUUCUCAACCGCAUCUUCCACUACCUAAACGCCUACAAAAACGCCUUCGCCCGCCCCAUCGACUCACGCUACGACAUCGUCCUCCUCGGCGGAGCCCUAGGCUCCCUCUUCUCCCUCCUCCAAGCCAUCGCCGCCCCGAUCAUCGGCCACCUCUCCGACCGUCAUGGUCGUCGCCGCGCCCUAUUAACCGCAAUGGUCGGGAACAUCUGCAGCGUCGCGCUGUGGGUGUCUGCAACGGACUUCCGCACCUUCCUGGCUAGUCGGGUCGUUGGCGGGCUGAGCGAGGCGAAUGUUCAACUGGCUAAUGCGAUCGUCGCGGAUGUCACGGAUGAAACGCGUCGGGGCGCGUCGAUGGCGCUGGUCGGCGCUUGUUUUAGUAUUGCGUUUACGUUUGGGCCGAUGCUCGGGGCGGCGUUGAGUUCGGUGGAGAUUGUUGCGGCGAAUCCGUUUAUUACUGCUGCGCUUGUUUCGCUGGUGUUGAUCUUUGUGGAAACGGUUUAUUUGUGGGCUUGUUUGCCGGAGACGCAUCCGCGGCUUACGACGUUGGAACGGGAGGAGGGCACCGAGUCUGACGGAGGGAAGAAGAGUGAGGCGAAGAUUGAGAAGUCUCGAGGAUAUACGAAUAACCCGGCUCUUCUCAAUGCUGUCCACUUCCUGUUCCUCCUGCCGUUUUCCGGCCUGGAGUUCUCUUUGCCGUUCUUGACGGCGACACUCUACGCCGGAACAACUACGGCUAGCCCGGCGGCUUUGAACGGCCGCCUCCUUUCCUUGAUGGGUCUGAUUGCAUCACUUCUCCAGGGCACGCUUGUCCGCCGUCUACCUCCAUUGGUCACGGUACGAGCUGGAGUCGUCGCCUGCACGCUAUCAUUCUUCUGUCUAGCGCGCGUCUCCUCGCCAUCAGGCCUUUACGCCGCGGGCGGUUUAUUGGCCGUGACGAGCGCGACCGUAGUCACAGGUCUGAACAGCCUGGGCAGCUUCGAGGCCCGGGAUGCUGAUCGCGGUGCUGUCAUGGGUCGACUCCGUGGCUGGGGUCAGGCAGGACGUGCGGCUGGACCGAUCUUGUUCUGCACGCUGUUCUGGUGGGCUGGGCGUGAAGCAGCCUAUACCGUUGGUGGUUUGGCUAUGUCUGUCGUGGCCGUGGCGGUGUUUGGCUUAUUGAAAUCGCCUUCGUUGCAUGCCAAGACGGAGUAA